AUGGACGACGUUCACCUCCACAGCGUCAAGGCGGCGGCCACGUCUUCUGAGGUCGACAAGACCCAAGCGGAGCACCGAGAAUGUGCAAACGCGGAGCUUGCACAGAGCCCCGAGUCUCCGAGCCAUGCCGACAACAUCAAGGAACGAAACCGGAUUAUUCGGAAGAUCGACAAGCACCUCCUGCCUCAAAUCUUUGUCAUGUAUUCCUUUUCUGUCCUCGAUCGCAGCAAUCUCGGUAACGCCAGAAUUGCCGGGAUGUCGGAAGAAAUUGACAUCUCAGGAAGGCGAUACGACUGGCUAGGCACGGCAUUCUACAUCGCAUACAUUCUUUCCCAGUGGCUGUGCAUCGGCUGGCAGGUCUUCCCACCACACAUGUGGGUGGCCUUUUGCGCAUUUGGCUGGGGCCUCGUGUCAACCUUGCAGGCGGUAUGCACCACAUGGAGCGGACUCAUGAUCUCCCGAGUAUUCUUGGGCAUCAUGGAAGCGUGCUAUGCCCCCGGAGUUACCCUCUACCUUUCGUACUUUUAUCCCCGCGAGAAAGCCGGAUUUCGCGUCGGAAUCUUCCUUUCUGGGUCUGCCGCGGCGAACGCGUAUGGGGGCAUCCUGGCCUAUGGGAUAUCUCAUGCGCGGGGUGCCAUUGCCCCUUGGCGGACCCUGUUCAUUGUUGAGGGCAUUCCAACUUGUCUGUUGGCUAUUGUGACUUGGUUCUUCCUUCCUGACGGACCUGGGAGCGCACGGUUUCUCUCCAACAGGGAGAAGGAGAUCGCCACACAGUUCAACGCGCAAGAAAUGGGCCCCAGACCUGGGAUCAGAGCCUUACAAAAGAAAGAAGCCCUCAGGGCGGUACUGGACUAUCGUACUUAUCUGCCGGCUCUCAUGUACUUUGGCUCGAACGUCGCAUUCGCGUCGCUGCCGCUGUUCUCCCCGACAAUCAUCUCUCAGAUGGGAGCCUUCACCAAGACCCAGUCGCAAGGGCUCUCUGCGCCCCCAUACGCCAUCUGCUUCUUCAUGAUCGUCAUUUGCACAUCGCUAUCCGACCGAUAUAAGGUUCGAGGGCCUUUUAUCGUCGGCGAGGCGUUGCUCGCAGCCAUCGGGUUUAUCAUCCUCGCAACGACGACGGGUGUCGCACCUAGAUACUUUGGAUUGAUCCUGGGGACGCAAAUGUUUGUGUGUGCCGCCCUCGUGCUCACUUGGGCGAGCAACACGCAUGAGAAUGACUCACAACGAGCGGUCGCACUCGCCAUCCUCGCUACGGGCGGUCAGCUCGGCCCCGUGGUCGGGACCAACAUAUUUCCCAUCAAGGACAAGCCAUACUAUCGGAGGGGCAUGUGGGUGUCCUGCGGAUCUGCCCUCAUCGUGGCUGCGGCAGCUAGCCUCCAAAUGCUCGUCCUGUAUCGAACCAAUAAGAAGCUGGAUGAGGAGAACGAGGCUAGAAAUGAAGCUGAUGGCAACGAACAGGCUGCGGAUUUGCGAAAGGACAAAGGGUUCCGAUACAUUCUGUAG